UUAGAUAAUGACGUCACAACAUGGCGGAUCUGUGUAUCGUACCGGACACUUCAGUGGGUCAACAUUUAUUUUAAGGUCGUUAUUUAGACACUACGCAGUCACUACUAAACAAAGUGUGGGUUAAUGUGUCUGGUUGUUUGUCACAUCUGAUGCGAAACAGAGAGCUUUCUAGCGUUAACUCCCACUCGACUGAAGCCUCUCCACGGAGAGCUUUGAGCGGGCUGGAAGCCUCCACUAGCCGGAAAAACACAAUCAGAGAGGAGGGGAUGGAGAUAGACUGCCAGCCUGAGGAACCAGUCAUCUCUUCUUUUGACGAGGACUGUGUCAUGCUUGGUGACGUCAAAGACAUGAGAUUGGAGGCAGAGGCAGUGGUCAAUGACGUUCUUUUUGCUGUAGCUGAAAUGCACUUGUCACAAAGUUUUAACAGUGGGAGGGAUGUGGCCUACAUAAACUUGGAAACAAAAGAAGGAAACCGGUAUUGUCUGGAGCUCACAGAGUCUGGACUACGGGUGGUCGGCUAUACUUUCGAUGAAGUGGACGAGGAUUUGAACACCCAGUAUCAUGAGACUGUUUACUCACUUCUGGACAAGCUGAGUCCGGGUUACAGAGAAGCCUUUGGGAACGCUUUGCUGCUGCGGCUUGAGCAGCUGAAGCAAAACGGACAGUAAAAAGAACCAACAUGCUGCGUAAGUGGUGUAGAGGGCUGAUAAUGUAAGGUGUAUUUGGAUGUAUCCACCUGCUUAGCUACCACUACAAUACGAGCCCCAUCAACUUUGUUCUGAUUUUCAUACCAUUGAAUGACUUCUACUGCUAGGUAUUGGCUAUAUGGGCUCUGUUGCAACAUUGUGUUGUUGACUUUACUGUGGUAAGAUCUUCCAGCUUCCACAUGAUACAAAUCCGUAUCAGUGCACAUCAUCUGAGUAUUCUGCACCUUUUUGUACUCAAAUUAUGAAUUAUUUUUCCAAUUUAUUCCUCUGCCGUGCUUUCACUGUAGAUCUGACCUGAUAUAUGCUCCAAUAUACAGUGGGGCAAAAAAGUAUUUAGUCAGCCACCAAUUGUGCAAGUUCUCCCAUUUAAAAAGAUGAGAGAGGCCUGUAAUUUUUAUCAUAGGUAUACCUCAACUAUGAGAGACAGAAUGAGAAAAAAAAAUCCAGAAAAUCACAUUGUAGGAUUUUUAAAGAAUUUAUUUUCAAAUGAUUGUGGGAAAAAAGUAUUUGGUCAAUAACAAAAGUUCAUCUCAAUACUUUGUUAUAUACCCUUUGUUGGCAAUGACAGAGGUCAAACGUUUUCUGUAAGUCUUCACAAGGUUUUCACACACUGUUGCUGGUAUUUUGGCCCAUUCCUCCAUGCAGAUCUCCUCUAAAGCGGUGAUGUUUUGGGGCUGUCGCUGGGCAACACAGACUUUCAACUCCCUCCAAAGAUUUUCUAUGGGGUUGAGGUCUGGAGACUGGCUAGGCCACUCCAGGACCUUGAAAUGCUUCUUACGAAGCCACUCCUUCGUUGCCCUGGCGGUGUGUUUGGGAUCAUUGUCAUGCUGAAAGACCCAGCCACGCUUCAUCUUCAGUGCCCUUGCUGAUGGAAGGAGGUUUUCACUCAAAAUCUCACGAUACAUGGCCCCAUUCAUUCUUUCCUUUACACGGAUCAGUCGUCCUGGUCCCUUUGCAGAAAAACAGCCUCAAAGCAUGAUGUUUCCACCCCCAUGCUUCACAGUAGGUAUGGUGUUCUUUGGAUGCAACUCUGCAUUCUUUCUCCUCCAAACACGACGAGUUGAGUUUUUACCAAAAAGUUCUAUUUUGGUUUCAUCUGACCAUAUGACAUUCUCCCAAUCCUCUUCUGGAUCAUCCAAAUGCCCUCUAGCAAACUUCAGACGGGCCUGGACAUGAACUGCAGGAUUUAAGUCCCUGGCGGCGUAGUGUGUUACUGAUGGUAGCCUCUGUUACUUUGGUCCCAGCUCUCUGCAGGUCAUUCACUAGGUCCCCCCGUGUAGUUCUGGGAUUUUUGCUCACCGUUCUUGUGAUCAUUUUGACCCCACGUGGUGAGAUCUUGCGUGGAGCCCCAUAUCGAGGGAGAUUAGCAGUGGUCUUGUAUGUCUUCCAUUUUCUAAUAAUUGCUCCCACAGUUGAUUUCUUCACACCAAGCUGCUUACCUAUUGCAGAUUCAGUUUUCCCAGCCUGGUGCAGGUCUACAAUUUUGUCUCUGGUCUCCUUUGACAGCUCUUUGGUCUUGGCCAUAGUGGAGUUUGGAGUAGGACUGUUUGAGGUUGUGGACAGGUGUCUUUUAUACUGAUAACGAGUUCAAAAAGGUGCCAUUAAUACAGGUAACGAGUGGAGGACAGAGGAGCCUCUUAAAUAAGUUACAGGUCUGUGAGAGCCAGAAAUCUUGCUUGUUUGUAGGUGACCAAAUACUUAUUUUACCAAUUAAUUCUUUAAAAAUCCUACAAUGUGAUUUCCUGGAUUUGUUUUUCUCAUUCUGUCUCUCAUAGUUGUGGUAUACCUAUGAUAAAAAUUACAGGCCUCUCAUCUUUUUAAAUGGGAGAACUUGCACAAUUGGUGGCUGACUAAAUACUUUUUUGCCCCACUGUACAUAACUACCACUCAUUCAGCAGCUCAAAGAGCCAAAGCUAUAUUCCUUCAAUUCAAGCUGCCUUAAUGACCUUUGGUUAAAAAUGUUCAAAAGAACCCAUUGACUCCUUUAACUUAUUUUGUAUAGACUGAGAUAAAAAAGGUAUUUUGUAUGGCUGACAAUUUACAUGGGUCACAAGGUCAUGAAACCAUUUAAAAGUGGGCACUGUCAAGUUUUGCGUCAAGAUUACAUUUUCCAUACCGCACUACACCUCAAGCUUGCCUUUUAAGCUUUUGCUAUACAGGUAAAUAAACUCCUUUGUAUUCAUGUCAGACCUUUGCUCUCAUUCUGUCAGACUUCAAAUCAUUUGUUUGUAUUCAGUUAACCUUUUUAUUGUGCACGUGACCUAUUUAAAAGGUUUACAAAAUGUAUUUUAAGAAAUGUGUUCCCUUUAUACUGUGAUUCCUUGUGCCGGUCGUUGCUUGGACCAAUAAAUUCUCAGAAUGA